AUGAGAAGACGACAUGGGCGGCAGAACUCCAAUAUCUUCCACAUGCUCACAAAGAACCAGAUUGUUGAGCUCCGAGAAGCAUUCAACUUCCUGGACGUAAAUAGUGACACAUUUGUUGACCGAACAGAUCUUGAAAACUUUCUUGCAUCAAUAGGAUCUCCUUUCUCAUGCAAUGAAAUAGAUCAGAUGAUGCAUGAGAGCGGAGACAAUAUGACAUACAUGCUUUUCCUUACCAUGAUAGGAGAAAGACUCAGCUGCACAGAUUCAGAAAAGGACAUCUUCAAUGCAUUGAAAGAGUUCGAUGAUAUUGGUGAUGGAAAGAUUGAUGAAAGCAUGCUUAGGCAUUGGCUCACAGAGAAAGGAAGUUGCAUGUCAAACGAUGAUGUUAAUUUACUUCUUAAGGGAUGCGUUGAAAACGGACGGAUCGACUGCAGAAGCCUUGCAACUAAGAUGAAGUAUGGUGAAAUCAUCACUGAGUAG